UCCAAAUUUGUGCAGAUGAUGGAAAAAAAAGGAGAUGGGAAUACUUUAACAUUCGUGCAAGGAGCGAUCGAGAGGGCAUCUGGUGCCGUCCUCUGGCGUUCCGCUUCUGGCUCCUUUCUCUAUUUAUACAUCCGCCUCUGGCCUUCUCAAUGUCCAUCCAAAUACGGAAGAGUGGGAGCGAGGGCGAGCGAGCGGAGAAGGAUGAGUGGAAGUGGGAAGGUGGUGUGCGUGACUGGUGCGUCCGGCUACAUUGCUUCCUGGCUUGUUAAGCUUCUCCUCCAGCGUGGAUAUACCGUGCGCGCCUCCGUCCGGGAUCUUGCUGAUCCGAAGAAAAUCGAGCAUUUGCGUGCCUUGGAAGGAGCCAAUGAGAGACUGCACUUGUUUAAAGCAAACUUGUUGGAAGAGGGCUCUUUUGAUUCAGUAGUUGAGGGGUGUGAGGGUGUUUUUCAUACUGCAUCUCCUUUCUAUCACAAUGUCACGGAUCCACAGGCUGAGUUAAUCGACCCAGCAGUGAAGGGAACACUCAAUGUUUUCAGUUCCUGCAUUAAAACUCCUAUUAAAAGGGUGGUCGUAACAUCAUCCAUGGCUGCUGUUGCAUUUAAUGGAAGACCACGAACACCUGAUGUGGUAGUUGAUGAGACAUGGUUUUCUAGUGCAGAGUUCUGUAAGCAGGCAAAGAUGUGGUAUGUACUCUCGAAGACUUUGGCAGAGGAGGUUGCUUGGAAGUUUUCGAAGGAUAAUUCUAUUGACAUGGUAACAAUAAACCCAGCAAUGGUCAUAGGUCCUCUUCUGCAACCUACUCUAAAUACGAGUGCUGCUGCAAUCAUGAACUUGAUAAAUGGAUCUUCAACAUAUCCAAAUGCAAGUUUUGGGUGGGUUAAUGUCAAGGAUGUUGCCAUGGCACAUAUUCUGGCAUUUGAGGUUCCCUCAGCAAGUGGAAGAUAUUGUUUAGUUGAAAGAGUUGCUCACUAUGCAGAGCUUGUGAAGAUUUUGCAUGACCAAUAUCCUGCUCUCAAACUGCCAGAGAUGUGCGCGGAUGACAAGCCCUUUGUGCCAAUAUAUCAGGUCUCAAAGGAAAAGACAAAAAGCUUAGGGAUUGACUAUAUUCCUCUAGAGACAAGCAUCAUGGAGACCGUUAAAAGCUUAAGGGAGAAGGGUUUUGUUAGUUUUUAAAAAUUGGCAGUUGCACCCGGUUUGUUGGGAUAAUGCUUAAUGGCAUUACAAAGAUAGCGUGAUACUUUAGCUCCACCGAACCAAGAGAACCUUCAACUUUGUUUUAUGCAAUUGUGAAAGCUUUGCUUUAUUUCUCGUGGAGACAUCUUCUAGGAGAUACUUUUGUAAGUCUAUCAUGUUUCAUUGUGUUUUAUAUCCGAUAGUGGUGUUUCUUUGACCACUGACAGGCUAAAAUCUAGUAUGCAUUGAAUUUCCCUUGACUUUCCUACACUUCCUAUGACUGAAUGAACAAGCUAUUUCUUCUCUCUUCAAUGUGAAGGUUUCUAUGACAAUGCUGUCUCAUUAAAGUAUCAUGGUUAUUACCA